UUGAUAGUCACUAUAUAGAGACAGAUAAAAAGAAAGAAGAGAACAUAGGAAAAAGAGUAGUAGAAGAAGAAGAAAUCACUAGAGGGAGAUGGAAGAAGGAAAGGGGAAGGGAAAAUUAUGUGUAACAGGAGGAAGUGGUUAUCUUGGAUCAUGGAUGGUUAUGAGACUUCUCCAACUUGGUUAUUCUGUUAACACCACUAUUAGGUCUCGUUCAGAUCGCAAGAGGGAUGUGAGCUACCUCACAAAUCUUCCAGGUGCACAAGAAAGGCUGCGUAUUUUUAAAGCUGAUCUAGACAAACCAGAGAGUUUCAAUCCACCAAUUGAAGGCUGUAUUGGUGUUUUUCAUGCUGCACAUCCAAUUGAUUUUGAGAACAAAGAGAGUGAAGAAACAAUAACACAACAAUCGAUUAAUGGGACUUUAGGUAUUUUACAGGCGUGUCUGAAUUCAAAGACAGUUAAACGUGUCGUGUACGCUUCUAGUGCAUCUACGGUUAUGGUUGAUACUUCAAGUAUAAUACAUGAAAACUCAUGGACUAACGUGGAUCUUGUGAGAACGUUAAAGCUUUUCGGAGGUUCUUACGCGAUUAGCAAGACCUUAACGGAAAAGGCAGCUCUGGAAUUUGCAGAAAAAAAUGGAAUUGAUUUUGUGACUGUAAUCCCUACUUGGAUACAUGGCCCCUUUAUUACUCCUCAAAUUCCUGGCUCUGUUCGCUCAUCUAUGGAAAUGAUUCUUGGUCAUCAAAAUAAUAGCAUGAAUUAUCCUGCAGUAGUACCUUUUGUACAUGUUGAUGAUGUGACAAAUGCUCACAUCUUCCUUCUUGACUAUCCUAACGCGAAAGGGAGGUAUAUCUGUUCAGCUGUUGAAAUAACACGUGAAAAGCUAGCUGAAUUUCUUACAACUAGAUACCCUGAAUUUCAAAAACAAAUUACUGAGUAUCGAGGGACAAGCAGUGAAGAACUUAAAAUACCUAGCCUUUCACCAAAAAAGCUUUUGGAGACUGGAUUUAAGUACAAGUAUGGUCUUGAGGAAAUGUUUGAUGGAGCAAUCGAGUGUUGUAAACAAAGAGGCAUACUCUAAUCCCUUUGUUUCAAAUGUAAUUAGAAAGUAGCCACUUGUUAAUGUGAAAAUAAAAUUUGGACAAAAUAUCACGAGCUAAAACACGGAAAAACUCCAGAAAAAUUCAGGAAGUUCAAAAAUUUAUGAGUUCAAACUCCAGGAACGAUUCAUGGAGUUUAAACUUUGACAAUCUAAGUGUACUGAAAAUUUGGUAGAGUUUCAAACUCCAUGAACUCAUGGAGUUCAAACCUUUAUCAGUUCAAACUUUCAGAAUGAUUUUUGGAGUUCAAACUUUCACGGUAUAAGUGUGAGAAUUUGCUGGAGUUUCAAAUACCAUGAAUGAUUCAUAGAAAUUCAAACCUUUGUAUCCAGAAAUAUUCAUGGAAUUCCAACUUCACAGCAUUCUAAGACUGACCAAUCUAGUUGAGGCAUUUUAUCAAACAACUCUCUAGCAUAAUUCAAUUACAGCUUGACGAAAAAAGAAUAAUUCAACUACCAAAUGAAAUUAAAUUUAAGAAUUAGAGAUCGUAACCUCAAGUCUAAUGCCAGAUGCGACAGUGAUUGACGUGAUCUGCUUGACAAUAGCUGGGAUUCCCACUGCUUUGACAUUGUUUCAGUGAUAUGUAAGCCAUACUUUGUUUUCGCCUUUGAGGCUUUGAGUGCUGAGAUGGUGUUACGAAGACGGUUUGGCUUCGUUUCAACGAUUAAUGGAUUUCAUGCCUGCAUAGAAAAUUCAAUAGUUAUACUAACAUUAAAAAAUCCACGUUUUAUUGUCAUGAAUUAGAGGUCCAAAGUAAUUGUCAAAUAAAAUGUAGUGAAGGGGAUUCGAAGCUUAGUUACAGUGUUUAGGAAUGCUCAGCUAAUUCGAAAUGAAGGGUCAGGAUUAGAAGUUCAUUAAUAAGGAGGAAGGGUCACGAUCACGCUACGUCAGUAGAUUGUUAGUUUGUUACAAAAACCCAACGCCAAGAGAGAGAAGGCAACGAAUUUUCGGUAAUUUCAUUUCUCCCCCAAAUUCUUCUUCUCUCUUCUGUUCUCUCUCCUUCUCUUCUUCUUCUAAUUUUCUUCUCAUCUAUUUCUGCAGAUUCUCAGUGGCUAUGGCGACCUCUCUUUUCAGUUUUUCUAGUUAAUUCAGUUAUUUUUCAUUGUAAUUGUUUUCAGCUUUUCAGUUAAUAUAACCAGAAAAUUGUCCCACAAAGUGUUGAUUUCAUUUUCGAAUUGCAAUUGAAUUUAGAUC